UUUUCUUUAAAACGGUCUAUCUUAAUUCGAAAAAUCUUUCAGUAUUCAUAAUGAAAUCGGGCAGUGUACUCUUACAAAACAAAUUUCUGUUUUGCGUCAGUUUGUUAUUCAGUAUUUGCGGACUUGCUUUUACUUGUCUUUGGUCCGUAAUUUUCGACAGUUUGUUAACAUUACGGGAAGGCAGUCUCCUUUAUAAAUACUGGAAAGACAUUCCGGUGGAACUGAAAACGGACUUUUAUUUUUUCAACUGGACAAACCCGGAAGACUUUUACAAUUUGUCGGCGAAACCGCGGUUCGAGGAAAUAGGACCUUACACAUUUUGGCAGAGCGAAAAGAAGGUUAACAUUAGUUGGAACGACAAUGGGACCGUCACGUUCAGAGUAGAGAAAUACUGGCGUUAUGAAAGCGGAAACUUGAACGACACGAUAGUCACCAUGAACCCGGUCCCCGUAGGUGCAUCGUAUAUCCUGCGAAACUGGAACUACUUCAUCAAAAAAGGCAUAUUUAUCGCCUUGCACCCUAUAUUCCGGAACCUGCAAAUAACAAAAACCGUUGGCGAACUCCUUUUCGAGGGAUACCCGGAACCGUUGAUCAAAAUAGCCAGGGCUAUUCCUCUUUUCGCAAAACAUAAUUUUCCCAACUGGGACCGCUUCGGCUGGGUUUACAGUAGGAACGGAUCAUCCGAAUUCGAGGGAACCUUUACCAUGGGCACCGGAGUUAACUCAACAUUUGGGCAAAUCGAUUCCUGGAGCGGAUACCAACGAACUCCAUUUUUCAAUUCGCCGUGUAACGAAGUCUACGGGUCUGCAGGCCAGUUUUUUGAGAGAAAUUUGAAAAAGGACUCGGUUAAAGUAUUUUCGACAGAUUUACGAAGAAGUGUUAAUUUGACGUUCGACCGGGAGGAAAUUGUGGCUGGUGUCGUGGGUUACAGAUACAUAGUGGACGACAGACUUUUGGAUAAUGGUACGAUUUAUCCAGAAAACCGGUGUUUUUGUAACGGGGAUUGUUUGCCUUCUGGAAUGCUUAACCUUUCGAACACAAGACAUGGUUACCCGCUAUUUUUAUCGUUACCACAUUUUUAUAGAGCUGACCCUUAUUAUGCCAAUUUGAUUGAUGGCGUGAAGCCUGAUUCAAAUAUAGAUGAGUUUUCCGUUACGAUUGAACCAAUUACUGGAAUACCUGUGAAGGCAGAUGCCAAAAUCCAAGCCAGUUUUUUCGUACAACCAAUUCCGGGCGUACUGAUGUUUGAGACCGCACCAAAAUUCAUGCUUCCGGUCAUAUGGACAAGACAAACGUUCGAAAUUGAAGGCUUAUAUGCAGUUAUGUUGUGGAUAUUAGUUAAUUUUUCAGUGAUAUGUAUAAGUAUAGGUAUAAGUAUGGUCAUGCUCAGUCUAGGCACGUUCUCAUUUAUUACAUAUAAAAGACAUCUCGCAUACUUGAGACAACAGAAACGCUUAGAAUUCCUCAAAGAACAAAAUAUACCUUUAAAAACAGAGUUUAUACAGAGAUAGCUAUGUCAACUCCGUACAGUAUUUAAAUGUUGAUAAUAAAUUAUGUGAUGUUGUGUUUUUAGAGGUGUGUGAAAAAACGAGCGAACUAGUAUUUUUCGCAAAGUAUAGUACCUGUUAUGUAUGACGAUUAAUUGAUAACAGUUGUGAAU